AUGGGGUUUAUAACACUGCAAUGCGGCCAGCUCAAGCUGCUCCAGGAUCUUUUGGAGAACCAAACUGACCACGAGGUGACGGAACUGAUGUCCGAGAAAACAAACGGAGUGACACCGCUGUUGAUGGCGGCACGCUAUGGGCAUAUUGAUUUAGUCGAGUACCUUCUGAAGCGCUGCUGCGUGCCCGUAGAAGUCUGCGGGUCUGUCAACUUUGAUGGCGAGCACUUCGAAGGAGCCUCUCCGCUGUGGGCCGCUUCGGCGGCCGGACACCUGAAGGUUGUGCAGUCACUCUUAGGCCAUGGUGCUUCUGUGAACAACACCACGCUCACCAAUUCGACCCCUCUGAGAGCCGCUUGCUUCGACGGCCACCUCGACAUAGUCAGGUAUCUGGUGGAACACAAAGCUGACUUGGAAGUGGCCAAUCAGCACGGCCACACGUGCCUCAUGAUUUCUUGUUAUAAGGGCCACAAAGAGAUCGUGCAGUAUCUGCUGGAGAGAGGCGCUGACGUUAAUAGGAAAAGCGUCAAAGGUAACACGGCCUUGCAUGACUGCGCCAAAUCAGGAAGUCUGGAGAUAAUGAAAAUGCUUCUGAAGUACGGCGCCACGAUGGAAAAGGACGGCUAUGGAAUGACUCCAUUGCUCACAGCUAGUUUCAAUGGGAACACGAACAUAGUAGACUUCCUCACACAACACCCACAAACGAGCAAAAUGGAACGAAUUAAUAGUUUAGAAUUGUUAGGUGCUACUUUUGUGGACAAAAAGAGGGAUCUUUUGGGAGCUUUAAAGUACUGGAAGAGAGCCAUGGAGAUGCGGUACAGCGACUGCAGCAACAUCCUCUUUAAAGGCGAACCUAAAGAACUUGUAAUGGCGUACGACUACGCAAAGGAGGCCGGGAGCAUGGAAGAGCUGGACAGUUUGAUCUCGGACGAGGACAGGAUACGAAUGCAGGCUCUCCUUAUUAGAGAACGCAUCCUGGGCCCAUCGCAUCCAGACACGUCCUACUACAUUCGGUACCGAGGAGCUGUGUAUGCCGAUUCGGGGAAUUUUGAACGGUGCAUCAACCUGUGGAAGUAUGCCCUGGACAUGCAACAGAAUAACUUGGACCCACUUAGUCCUAUGACUGCCAGAAGCUUGCUCUCAUUCGCUGAGCUUUUUUCUUUCAUGCUGCAGGCCCGUGAUGACGGCUUCCUGGGGACCUCUGUGUCUUUUGACGACCUCAUGGGCAUCCUUGGCAAAAGCGUGCUGGAGAUCGAACGCGCCAUGAAGCUGCGGCAGCCCGGGCCCGACCCAGCUCAGCUCAGCAAGGCACUCGCCAUCAUACUGCACCUCAUCUGCUUACUGGAGAAAGUCCAGUGCACGGUCGAGCAGGACCAUUUCAGGAAAGAAACCAUCUGCAAGUUCCUCAAGCUGCAUCCGUGCGGGAAAAACGGCUUCAGCCCCCUUCACCUGGCCGUGGACUGGAACACGACGUGUCCCCCCGUCUGCAAGUUACCCUCGUUCCAGCUGACCUCCAUCCUUCUGGAGUGUGGCGCCGACGUGAACUGUCGCGACGAAUAUAACAACAGCCCUCUGCACGUAGCCGCCUCCAGCAAUCGCGUCGACAUCAUGAAGCUGCUUAUCGCAUGUGGCACGCACUUCGACAGCACCAACUCCUUCAGGCAGACUGCAUGUGACCUGUUAGACGAGAAGGAGAUGGCCAAGAACCUGAUUCAGCCCAUAAAUCACACCACACUGCAGUGCUUGGCCGCUCGCACCAUCAUCAAGCAUAAUCUUACAUAUACAGGAAAUAUUCCAGAGAAGCUUGAGGCUUUUGUGCUACUGCACAGAUAAUGACUGAGUCAUUAAAAUUAUGGACUAACACACAUUGGGAAUUGUGUUGUGAUUUUUUUUUUAAAGUAGACACCCUUUUUGCCUAGAAUUUCCAGAAAUGUAUUCUUGGCAUUUUCUCAGCCGAUUUCUUGAGGAAUUCCCCUGAGCUGCUUUUCAAACAGUAUUGAAGGAGUUCCCACCUAUGC